UAGAGAUGGUAAAGACGAAGUUCACAAGGAAUGGAAAGGAGGUAAUGAUUUUCGGAGCGAUGAGGAAUUUCGAUUACGGGAGUGACGAAGCGGUUCAAGAGUCGAAGAAGGGUGGAGAACGCGAUGCUUCUGUGAGUUUGCCAUCGCUGGAGAGAUCGAGGAUUCGUAAAAGCGUUGAAGGGAUAUCGAUGUUGGCAUCUACAGAGGUGUCGAAGGCGUCGAAGACUAGGCGGGGAACUUCAUAUGGGUCGCCUGCGUCAUCUCCGGAGAAGACCACGAGGAGGGGAACUUCAUAUGGGUCGCCUGCGUCAUCUCCGGUGAAGGCCACGAGGCGUGGUUCAACUCUGUCUCCUAGAGUUUCGAAGAAGCAGAAGGUAAAUGUGGCUCCUUCUGGUGAUGACAGAGAAGAAUGGCCAGAGACUGAGAUGUUGGCAUCAACAGUUGCGAAGAAGACAAGGCGGGGAACUUCAUCUGGCGGGUCGCCUGUGUCUCCUAGACAAUCGAAGAAGCAGAAGGUAAACUCGGAGAGGAGUCUAGGUGAUGAUGGUGAUGACAGAGAAGAAUUUCUCCAGAUUGAGGAAUUUGGGGAUAUAGGUGAUGAUGGUAGGGAAGAUGAGAACGGUAUUGCUGGCAUUGAGGAAGUUGGUUGUACAGAUUUGAGUCUUUAUUUUGGUGAUAAAGCAAAAAAUGAUGACUGUGAGGUUGAUGAAGACGAAGGCGAUGAUGAUGCAUGGGAUGAUGAUAAAAUCAGAUGAUGAGAAUGAAGAGGAGAUGAGACCUGCGCAAGCUUACAGAGAAAAAACUGAUCCAGAGGAGCUCCUUCAGCUAGGCAAGACAUUUUCAGAUGCUGAGGACUUCAAACAUGCUUGUCUGAGGUAUACCCUGAAAACCAGAUACAACAUCAAGUACUAUAGAUCCAGUAGCUUGAAGAUGGGUGCAAAAUGUGCCGCUGAGAUGAGAGAUGAUGAGGCUCCUUGUCCCUGGAUGGUCUACUGUUCGUAUGAUAGGAGGAAACAGAAGUUGAUGGUAAAGACAUACGUUAAUGACCAUAAGUGUGAGAGGACAGGGUAUUCGAAGAUACUUAAGAGGUCAGCAAUUGCAAGUCUAUUUGCUGAGAGGUUAAGGCUGAAUCCUAAGCUCACGGCAAAGGAGAUACAGGCUGAGAUAUUGAGGGAGUAUAAGAAGGAAGUUUUAGAAAACUCAUGCAUUAAGGCCAAGACGAAGGUGAUGAAAGAAAGGAGGAAGACCCAUGAGGAGCAUUUUGAUAAAAUCUGGGAUUACCAAGCAGAGAUAUUGAGGAGCAAUCCUGGAUCAACCAUGGAAAUUGAGACCAUACCAGGAGCCACGGUUGGAACCAAGCAGCGGUUCUACAGACUCUACAUGUGUUUCCAAGCACAAAAGGAAGCAUGGAAGAAGACUUGUAGGCCUGUUAUUGGCUUAGAUGGAGCCUUUUUGAAAUGGGACAUCAAGGGACAGUUGUUGGCUGCGGUUGGAAGAGAUGGAGACAAUAGGAUUGUCCCUAUUGCUUGGGCUGUAGUGGAGAUAGAGAAUGAUACAAACUGGGAUUGGUUUGUGAAGCGUUUGGCCUUGGAUUUGGGAUUGGAAAAUGGGAACGGCUUUGUUAUAAUGUCUGACAAACAAAAGGGAUUAGUGAAAGCAGUUCAUACCCUCCUUCCAGAAGCUGAGCAUAGACAGUGUUGUCGCCAUAUCUACGAGAACUGGAGGAAAGGUGGAAAAGAUCUAAGGUUACAGAGGUUCUUCUGGUUCAUUGCAAGGAGCUACACUCCUGGUAUGUUCAACUACAACAUGGACGAGCUUAAGAACUAUGAUCCUGGCGCACAUGCAUCUCUGAUAAAGACAAAGCCAGAGACUUGGUCUAGAGCUUUCUUCAAGAUAGGCUCCUACUGCAAUGAUAAUCUGAACAACUUGUGUGAGUCCUUCAACAAGACCAUCAGGGAGCCUAGGAAGAAACCUCUGCUAGACAUGUUAGAGGAGAUAAGGCGUCAAUGUAUGACUAGGAACUACAAUAGGUCUAAGAUGGCUAAGGACAGGAAGACUAGGUUCACCCCGAAGACACAUAAAGAGUUAGACAGGGUUGAGAAGAAGUCAAAAGAAUGUAGUCUGCGUUGGGCAAUUGGGCCAGAGACUGAGGUGGAAGAUAGAGACCAGUCAUAUGUGGUGAAUUUGGAGAAUGAGACUUGUGCAUGUCGAAGCUGGCAAAUGAAUGGUAUUCCAUGCAUCCAUGCUGCUAAGGUCAUCCUUGGCGUGGGAAGAAAACUCUCUGAAUUUGUUGCUCCUUUCUACACAACCUCUAAGUGGCGUGAAACCUACAGUUUUGGGAUCAGACCUGUAAAUGGGAUGAUAGAGUGGCCUCGGACCAAUAGAUUAGGUGUGAUUCCACCACCUAAUCGAAAUGGCAAGCCUGGUAGGCCUAAAAACCAUGAUCGAAAGAAGGGAACCAAUGAGACAGUGUCUACUACCAAGCUGAGUCGUGCGAACAGGGUAAUGACAUGCUCUAAUUGCAAAGAAGAAGGGCACUACAAGAAUACAUGUCGGAAGGCUUUUGUUGAGAGCCCACCUAAGAAACCAAGAGGCAGACCAAGGAAAUAUCAGGGACUACACUUUGGCGAGUCACAAGCUCAAUCCUCAGAAGCUCAAACCUCACAAAAUCAAUCCUCACAAGCUCAAGCAUCACCAUGGGAAGUUCCUCAAUCUUCAGAAGGUCAAUCCUCACAAGCUGAAGCAUCACAGACAACAUCGUGGGGAAGAUGGUUUUUUUAGAUGCUUGUGUGUUGUUUAUGAUGGUCUCUGUCUGAAUGCUUUCG